AUGCUUAAUGUUACGAUACAUCAUCAUCAUAAACAUGUAGAUUUUAUAAAAAUCAUCUUAUAUAUUUAUUGGAUAUGUUCAAGUUAUGUAAAUUGUAUGAGAUAUAAUACAGUUUAUCAAAAUGAUGAUUUAUCAUCUGUCUAUAAAAUGCCUAAGAAACAUUCAAUGAAAUUGAAAGUUUUCAUUGAAUGUCGUCGUGACUGUUCAACUAAAUGUAAUCAUAGUCUGUUUGUUUAUUUGGCUAAUGAAAAUGAAUGUUACACUUGUUUGAUUGAGUGUAUGUCUGCCUUUACACAACAAGCAGAGAAAGUUGGAAUUCAAUUAAAGGAUAUAAAGAAAUCAAACGAUGCUAAUUUAUUAUCUGAUAGUUUGUAUGCACCUGGAAAGAAAGUUAGACGUCGUCAUCUUCGUCAAGACCAUAUCACACAAGAACAAUUUAGAAAAAGAUCAGAAUGA